AUGGCCUCGCUUCCGUGUGUCGUGCCUCUUGGACGAUAUGAUACCGCCUACACGGCCGCAAGCAUCAUCCUGAACAUUGGCUGGCUGAUCGACUGCCCUCUGGACGGAGUGAAGUUGGAGCGGGCUUGGUGCCAACUGAACACUGUCUGGCCGAUCAUGUCAGCGAGGCUGAAGACCAACACCCGCACGGGAAACUGGGAGCUCCAUGUGCCUGAAUCAUCUGCGGUCGCGUCUGCUUGCGGCUUCACGACGACCACCAUCUACGGGCCCGUGGCAUCGCACUUCGACUACCCGAAGCCCACCGGGUCCAUCUUCUGCAGGGAAUUCGACAUCCCGCACCACUUCUAUUCUCAUCCUUCUCGUUGUUCAGCCAAAGCACUAUUGGAUAAGGAUGCCCCCGUCGCGGCCCUCCAUGUCACUCAUUUCGAUGAUGCGACUAUCGUCGGGCUCUCGAUCUCUCACUCCCUCUCGGAUGGGGCCGGUGUGAAGGAGGUGGUGUCUGCUCUUCUCAGCAUCCUCAGUGGCGAAGAGGUUUUACCAUUGGAAACUAUCGACCCCUUCCAGACGUACGAUACGGUCGAUGAUCCUUCACCACCCGAAGGUUGGAGGUUCUUCUCUGUCUUCCAGAUAAUAGCGCUCGUAGUGUUCACAAUCUGGGAGCGGAUUUGGUGUCCGAGUGACGGGUUGCGUGUGGUAUAUGUUCCUGCAGAAGAUGUGGCACGCCUGAAAGCGGAGGCCAUGUCCGACGUUUCUUCCGUUGACGGCGAGCAGGCAUGGAUCAGCACGAGCGAUGCUAUGGUCGCUUUUGUGCUGAAGUGCAUGUUCUCGUCGGAGAAGAGGCAUAAACCCCUUUCCGUCGCAUACACCGCAAACAUCCGCAAGCACUUGACUAUUAUCCCGUCACCAUACAUCCGCAAUGCGAAUAUAGCAAUACUGGUCCCCAUCGCAGACGCGUCGUCGGUACGCUCCACCUCCCUUGGGCCUUUAUCCCUCCUCGUUCGGCGCCAGCUCGGGGCGCAGCUUCAACCUGCUGCCCUAAAUCGAUACUUUCAAUGGCGUCUCGCCUAUCCCAAGAAGGUCCCGAUGUUCAUGGAGCCGACCGGUCUAUGGACGGCGAUCACGAACUGGCGGGAGAUGGACUUCAUGCGUCUCGACUGGACGCCUGCCACCCUCGACCCAGAAAGGGCGAAACCGAAAUGUCUGCAUUUACAUGCGCAUGCUUACACUGAUGUACAGAUGAGGAACAUGUUCGUCAUUGGGCCGGACGACCCUUCGGGCGGGAUUUGGAUGUCCGGGUAUCUGUCUAAUGUACAAUGGGAGGACAAGAUGGGCUUCGGACGAUACACGAUGAUUUAG